CUUUUUUUAGCAAAAAAAAAAAAAAUGUGUUAAAGUUUAGAUUUAAUAUAAAAAGCUAAACAAAAAGAAAAAAAGAACAUUAAGAAAAAUAUUAUAAAAAAAUAUACACUGCAAUUUAUCUUACGCCUUUUGUCCAUAAAUGGACUUUGAGUCUGAGUUAAGUUUUUAAAAUUUAACAGACAAUAUGGCAGCAGCAACAGCUACAAACGUUACCUCUAGCUCAGCAUCGACAACAACAACAACGUCUACAUCAUCAUCAUCAUCAUUAUCACCAUCAACAUCAUCUUCGACAACAGCAACAACAACGAACCCCUCUAUUAGCCAUAAUAAUUUCCAUGAAUUAUGCCGCAGUUGUGGCAAAACAAAUGCAGCUGAACUACUAUAUGAUCUCUUUCCAACCACAAAUUCACCAUUUAAUACAUCAUCAACCACCUGUUAUACACAUUUAAAUAAUUCCAACACCUCCUGCUCCACAUCGAAAUGCUCAUUAUCUUCAAAAUCUUCUUUGUCAUCUUUAACAUUUGAUAGUGUGGCCGCAACCGCAAAAGCCACCGCCAAAGGUCAAAGUAAUAUGGAUAAUAUUUUACAAGAAAUGCAAAUAUGGCAAUUAAUGAUAAAAUGUAAUGAUGGUCUACCACAGCGUAUCUGUGCCAAAUGUACGGCACAAUUCUAUAUGAUACAUAAAUUCCGGCGGAAAUGUCUUAAAGUUCAAACACAAUUGAGAGCGCUAAACGAGGAACAGAAAUUCUAUGAAAGACAGCAACAACAAAAGGAUGCAACGGCAACAACAACAAAACCAGCAGCAACAGCCUCAGCAGUAGCAAGUAAAAUUAAAACACUAGAUGAACCCAACGAUUUAGCUAACGAUAACUGUAAGGAACAACAGCAACAAGCCACGGUAGACAAUAGCAAGUCAUCGGUUUCCUUUGAAACACAAACAGGGAAUACCGAUGAAGUCAGUAAGUUAACCAAUGCAACAACACCAACAUUGCUGGACAAUGUUGAAACAAUGACUGAAAAAACAGAAGCAACGGCAACAGCUACAACACUAGGAUGCCACGAUAAAAGCUUUGCCAAACAAGAACAUUGUGCAACGGCAACGAGUUGUAGUAAGGUUAAGGAUGAAAAGAAACCGCUGCUUAAGGCGGCCGUGUUAAAAUUUAGAAAUACACCGCUGUUAACCUUACAACAGCCGCCCCUGAAACAAAUAUGUGAUAAUGAUGCCACGCAGCUAAUGGCUAAUGUCAGAGAAGAAAUAAGUGGCGAUCAAGAGGAUCUAUUAGAUACCCAUAUUAUAUUUAAAGCAUUUGAGGCAACAAAUAAAACUAUAAAAUGCCAAGUAAAUGAUGAGGAAAUGUCGAUAGAUGAGAGUCCAGAUAGAGGUGAUACUACAUUGGGUGUUAAAGAGGAGCAUAAAGAAUUAUUUAACUUUGGCUUAACUAAUAAUAAAAACAAUAAUGAAAGUUUAUUUUUAACCAAAGCCGCCUUAAAAGCAUAUACCCCAACAUCGAUCAAGACUACAAAUGCAAAAACCCAACAGCAAACAAUUGAGGAUACAAAUUCCAAUGACAACAAUAAUAAUAAUAAUGAAUCCAAUGAUAAUACUUGCAGUUCAACCUCCACCUACAGCAGCUCUUCAAAAGUCUCCAGCCAUUCCAGGAAAUCUCUAAGAAGAAAAGUUUUUAAACAUAAAACGUGUAAAUAUCUUAAUAUUGGUAAAAGAUCACAAUAUCAUAAAUAUAAAUCAAAUAACAAAUUGAACAUAAAAAAGUUGAACCUUAAGAAAACAACAAGAUCGUGGCAAAAUAAACAUGUUAGAACAUGUUCAGCAGCAACAUUAAAACAACGAAAACAACGUCAGACUAAGAAAAAAUCUCUAAAACAAGCAGCAGACAUACAAAUGGAAGAUGAAACAUCAUCGAAUGUCUCAACAACAUCAUCAUCAGCCAUGACUACGUCAUCGUCUUUAAGUGCUGAAAUAGCAACAACAACAACAACGACACCUGCUGUUACAGAUCUGCUUGUUAACAAUAAAACAGGCUUCUCAUCAAUAUCACCGAGAAUAUCCUCAAACAAGUCUUCUACGUCUUGCAUCAUGUGGAAGACUAAGGCAGCUAUGAAAGCAAAUGCCAAUGACAUGCCUACAACAUUGCCUUAUACAGCUAACGACUCAACAACCGGCUCAGCAUCAGAAAACACAGACAAAAGUUCAAAGACCCUUGAUGAAAACCAGAGCAUUAGUAGUAGCACCAAUAAUUUUAGGCAAGAGGGACAAGAUGAUGUUGGUAGUAGUAGUAGUAGCAGCAGUACAAAUACGGUAAUGUCUUUGCCAGAUAAUCAAGUCAAGGACACUGCUGAUGAUGAACGCGAACAAAAUCUAAACCACAAUUUAUGGCCGGAAGAGGCAGACCAAAAACAAAUUACCAACUAUACACAAAAAGAAACAGAAGAAAAUAAGCAAAUUGACCAAACAAAAGACACUGAAGUAGCAGAAGACAUGGAGCCUCCAAAGUCAAUUGCGUCAAAGAAAAUUGGUGGCAUGAAAUUAAUAAUACAACGUAAACGAGGUGCUCGUUUUAAAUGUCGCCGCAAAACUGAAGACGAACCCUGUGAAGCUUCAAAACCCAAACGCAGAAGAAAAACUAACCAUAAUCAAAGUCCUCCAACAAAAUACGAAAUAGAAUCAAUAUUUUCUCUGGAUCUUAAUGCAGAAUAUAGAAAAGAAAACAAGCAGGACUUGGUGGGCGGCAGUGAUAUGGAGGAAACGGUUGAUCUUAAUAUUGUUAAGCGUAAGUUAAACGCUUUCAAUAGUGCACAAGAUGAAAACAAGGAAAAUCCCAUUUCUUUGCAUCAUUUACAAGAAUGUGAUAGUGAUAGCAAUACUAGUGUUUACCGGGAUCCUUUGCUCAUCAAAAAUGAUAUGCUAGAAGAUGAUACUCAAUUAACGGAUUUCCCUAAACCUCAGCUGUCUUUGCAGAGCGAAUGCACUAAGGAAAUGUUUAAAUUGUGCAAGGAAAAGUUUAACUUAGAAAGUCCCAAGAAGCUAAUAGUACGAGUUCCUCUAACAUCUUUGACACAAGAUUUCAAAAGACUACAUCUGACCAUGGAAACAGAAAGUGAGGAAAACGAACAGAAAAAUGAGGCUUUAAAAGAGGAACAAGAAAAGGAGGAGAAAGUGGAAGAAGAAAUUAACAUGAUAGCUAAUGAAACUGGAAUUACUGAGGAAAUAGCUUCCGAAACAGCAAUAGUCAAGGAACAGCAGCUAGAGUGUAAUAAUACAACCCAAAACAUUAGCUCUACACAGGCCAAUAGCUCUAGCAGCCAAAGUGACUUAAUGGGUUUCUCACAAAACUCGGAAACUUCUUCUUCUAGUACGGCAGAUUCCUCACAGCCUUCAGUGGACUUGUUUAGAUAUGUACAACCUCCGUUGUGUUCAGCUUCUUCGAAAAUUACUGAUUUUAUAAAUGAUUUUCAAAAUAAUUGCAUCGAUUCCUCUGAAAUCGAAGAAACUACCUGUGAUAUGGUUCCCCAACUGGGACCACAAAUAACUCAAGAAUUAAGUGAUGAAAUUCGCGAUGUAGAGGAUACAUUAAAUGGCAUAUUAAGUGAAAUGCAUGACAAGGAUAUGUAUACACCCCGUUCGGCCGAAACUGAUGAAUUAUUCCCCCACUCUGUGUAUUCGCCGCUAACGGAUUCACCUACCACGCCGGCCCACAGUUUCUAUGCCGAAAGUCCUUGCACCAUUAACAGUAAUCCCAUGUCGGUGAGUCCUUUUAUACAUCAAAAUAUGGAUUAUAAUGCCAUGACACCGCAAAGUAAUCACAGCAGUAUGGGUCAUAGUUCUCAUAUGGGAGGUAGUAGUGUUAGUGGUGGCAGUACGGGACCACAUACCACGGGUGUAUUUAUUGAACAUUUUCCCACAUACACUGAAUGUUUCGAGGAGAGUACACAAUCGGAAUUGAUUGGUUUUCAAAAUGAUAUACCCUGCUUUGAAAAUAUUGAAAUUAGCCAACCGCCCAAUAGCGGCGAAUUAUUGGGCAACCAGGGAGAGUUUAAUGAAGAAGAUAAUGCUAUAAAUGACAACGAACAAAAUAUUCAAAAUAUGGCUAAUGAGAGUGGGGAAAUUAAGACAGCCCCAGCAGUUGUAGAUUAUAUAGAUCUAAGUGAUUACAAAGAGAACAAUGAUCAUUUUUCUAAUGCUGCCGUUCAAGAGGAAACUGUACCCGAAAUAACGGUUACCAAUAGAGACUUGUUAACUCAACAAAUACCUUAUAAUCCCAACAAUUACCAGCACUCUAUACAAAUGCAGAGUACAAAUAAUCCACUAAUACCUGGCAGUGCAAAUAUGCAACCCCACUACAUUGUCACCAAUACCAAUCAGGGGCCCAUAAUAUUUGCCAAUCGCCAACUUAACCAAGCCGGCGAACAUAUGGAGGGUGCGUUUAAGGCUCACGGCAAUAAUUUACAAUUUGUAACUCUGGGACAAGCCAUGGAAGCGGCAAAUCAAGCACCCAUUAAACAUUUAAUACACAACAAUGCCCAGGAUAUCAAUUGGCCUUCGAAUGUCAAUGCUUCCCAGAAUUAUGCACCUCAACAGGUUAUUUCAACAGCCAAUGGCACCACCACCUAUUUCAUUAAUGCCAAUGGUGAACUGUAUCAAGCCAGUAUACCAGCGCCCGCGCUUAAUACCAUUAUUAUGCAGAACAAUAGCAAUCAAGCGUCGCAAUUCAAUAAAUCUAAUAUGGACAACAAUGACAAUUACAUGCAAACGCUACAGCAGCAACAGCAACAUCAACAGCACCAACAACAAAAUCCUAACUCCCUAUCUUCGCAAUACAUUAUGUUGGUCAAUAAUUUGGGUGGAACUCCCCAAUAUUAUGCCACCACUCAAGCCAUGCCUGCACAAACUGCAGCAGCACCUCAACAACAACAACAACAUGCAGUAUUAUUUCAACGCCACAGUACAAAAUAUCAAACAAACUCCUCCAAAACUACCAACAAUUGCAGCAACGAACGUAAUCCACCUUUAGCUCCAAAACCUAUACAUAAACCUAUAAGUCCCGCCUUAGAUAAGGACUCAAAUUCGACAGCAACCAGCAUGCGUCAAAGAGUCAAUCAACAGUUGCAACAACAAAUCAAACAACGUCAACUACAAUUACUUCAACCGCGUUCCGCUAAUGUUACUCAGAAAAUUACGCUUAUCUGUCGUUUCUGUCAUAAACGUCCUAAAUUCACUAAUAAUGUAGAUUACAGCAAUCAUAUUAUCAAUAUGCAUCCCGCCGAAAAACCCUAUAAUUGCCCUCAUUGUCCUAUGCAUUUUUCGCGACGUUUCGAACGUCAACAGCAUGUGGCACAAGUUCAUGGUUCUCGUUAUCAGUGUGCUCAGUGUGGUUUGAGUUUUUGUGCCCAGCGUACUUUAGAUUUUCAUCUGCAAAAGUAUCAUGCCAAUUUGGGUAGAUCUCAACAACAGCAUUUACACCAUCAACAACAACAGCAACAAAACUCCACCUCUACGUCGUCACCAGCUACCUAUCAGUUGUUACAACAGCACAAUCAGCAACAACGAUUGGUUCGUGUUGAGGAUGUUCAUGUGCAAGUAAGCGGCGAGAAUAAAAAUAAACGCUCUAUUGAUCUGCCUUUGGAGUCUAGUUCUGAUAUACAAACUUCUCUGUCUAUGCCAGAAGUUGAAAUAUUAUCCGGAACACCAACAGGAACACCACAACAGCAGUCACAAGCUCGUAUAUUAUGUAGUCCUGAUUGUAAUGAUGAUAAUGAUGAUUGCUGUGGUUCAAAUCAAAAUUAUGAUCAAACCAACAACACUGAUACACCAGCAGCAGAACAUGAACAACAAUAUACAGGAAAUGAAAGUGUUAAUAAUAAUCAUCAUCAUCAGCAGCAGCAACAACAUCAACAUAUUACAAUACCAUCGCCAGAACAAACCGAACCAGAUUCUACCACAACAUUACGACACUUUCGUAAACGUCAAUUAUCAGAAAUAUCACCACACUUUGCCGCCUCCCCAUCAUCAUCAUCUUCAUCAGCAGCAGCAGUAAUAACGUACACUUUUAACAAUAACAACGGCCACAACAAUGACAACAACAACAUCAACAUAAACCACAAUAGUCCGGACAAUGUUUUAACGGAUGAAACAGGAGCUGGAAGUGUAGUAACGGGACGACGGGGAGUUGGUGCUAGUGGUGGUGAACAAAUUAUGGUUGAACGUACAUUACGCGGUAGUCAUAAUUGUCUAUUGUGCGAGGAAUCAUUUACAAAUGAAAUAGCUUUGCGUAAACAUCAUCACUUGGCACAUGGUGCCACACAAACCAUCAACAAUACACUUGCCACAUCAUCAUCAUCAUCAUCGUCGUCAGGCCUAGUCUGUACGAUUUGCAAACGCAGUUUUCGUAUGCGCAAUGCACUGCAACGGCACAUGGAAACACACGAUGCUGAGGGUCGACCCUAUGAAUGCAACAUAUGUCAAGUGCGUUUUCCGAGACCCUCCCAAUUGACGUUGCACAAAUUGACGGUACACAAAUUCGAAAAACCAAAUUCGUGUGAAGAGUGCGGCAAGCAGUUUGGCACAGAAACAGCAAUGAAGGCUCAUGCAAAAGAACAUGAACAAGAAGCUGCCAAUGCUGCCACAGCAACAGAAGCCUUAACAUCAACGUCGUCUUCUACAUCAUCAACACCAGCAUCAUCAUCACAAUUGUCUUCCCGCGUAUAUUUAGAAACAAUGACAACAAAAACAACAUCAAUAUCAACAUCCAAAAUAAUAACAAAUGAACAACAAACUAUAAAUUUAGCAGCUACAACAUCCGGUGAAGAUGAAACUGCUGCUGCCACUAACAACAACAACAAUAAUGAGGACGACAAUGCUUUUUUAAUAAUGCCUUAGAAAAUACUAUUGUCUCUGGUCUUACAACAUAAAAUUUGUGGAUUGUUUUUUCUUUUUAAAACUUAAAAAAGAAUAUGUAGAUUUUUUCUUUUUUUGCACUAUAUUAUGAGAUGUCAUGUUUUUGCUUAUAAUAAAGAAAAUUGUUUUAUAAAAGUGCAACAGGAUUUGAAAAUAGAUUUUAAGUAAAAAUUUUUUGUAAAUUUGUUAUUUUAAGCAAUUAUUUUUUUUAAUUUCCGGUUUACAAAAAGAGAAGAGUACAAGUUAGAUAUGUAUGGUUUUUUUAAAUGUAUAGAAUACUGAAGAGAAGAAUACAGUUUUAUCUCUUUUUUAAACUUUAUACAUAUUAAAUUGCAAGGAGUAAUCUUAAUUUCAGUUACUAAAUUGUAUUUUUUAUAAAAAAAAACAAAAUAUGGUAAAAUAAUGAAAGUUUUAAAAUUUAAUUUAUUAUUGUUUUU